ACCGUUUUCUGUGUGGGAUGUUUUCUCUCACAGUGGCCUCCAUAGCGACACAGAUAACAAGUCAUUCCCACGGUACCAGUACACGAAGCUGUUUCCCCAUCUCUUACUUAAAAUGUCGGACAAGCGAGGACCACCACCUGCCUCACCGUAUGGUGCUGCAGCACCAAAUGUGAGCUAUGCACCAAUGAUUGCCACAGGUGCACCACCAUCCUAUGUGGAGAGCCUGAGCCAUCAAGUUGUUGCAGGUCCUGGUGUAUCACCCCAGUACCCUCCUCCAUAUGUCACUCCAGCCUCUGCUGCAGCAGCUUCUGCUGCCCAGUUGCAGAAUUAUAAGGAUCAGAUUUUUGCACAAACAGGGCAGUGGUAUCUGGCAGAUCCCAUGUUAAUUCAGGACAAGGAUUCAGCUUCCUUGGCCUACUUUCAGAGUAUGGCAGCAGCUCAACAAGCUCAGAAAUUAGCCUACUCCCAGCAGGCCUAUCAGCAACAGCAGACAGCACUUUAUAUGCAGCAGCAGCAGCAAUUAUAUCUGCAACAGCUACAGGGAUAUUAUCAACCUCACCCACCACCAGGGUCAGCUGCAGCAGCUGCAGGUUUCCAGCCUGGUCAAAAUGUCUUGGUUAUGAAUGGCUAUGAUUCCGGAGCUCGUUUUGAUGGUAUUGCUCAACCCAGUAUCCCUCCACCUCCACCAGGCAUUGCCCCUAAUGCUGCUCAAUUGGCUGGUGCAUCUGGGGCCCAAGUGUCAAUGACUCAGAAGAAGGGCUCCUUUUUAACUGGUGGUUCAGGAGGAGGAUACACUUUCUUUUAGAUGAGAAUUUGAGUUCCAUUUUUUCUCUCUGGAGAUGUACUGUUUCAUAUCUUAGUUUACCUUUCACAAGGCAAAUGAGAAGCAGGGUUGCAAAAUUUUUGAUGUAAUAGUAUCUACAAUGUUAAUGGUGAAUAUUUCAGUAUUUUGUUUGUUUACCUGAAGUGCAGGGAGUGUAUUUUAAAGUAAAUAUGACCAGUUUUUAAUACACCAUGACUAAAUUGUUUAAAUAGCAUAAAAACUACAAAUAUUGAAUUUAAAAAAGAACACCCUUUGGAAAUAAGAAAUAUACUCAGAUUGGCAAAAUUAUUGUUUUUCUAUGAUUUAAAGUAGUGUGGAGCAAGCCUGCAUCUUACACUGUAUACAUCAGUACUGGGUUAUCAGGUUAAUUUUAUAAAUGUCUCCCCUUCUGGAUCCCAUAGGGAUUAAAGCAGUCAGCCUUCUAGACACUGAUUUGGUUAACCUGCAUGCAUAUUUGUUGUAGAGUAAAUUGAGGUGGUUUACAUAAUGGUCCGAAUAGUAUUGAAGUACCCUGAGAAUAUCUUACGUGAGAUCUGCUGUUACAGAAUCAGGGUCUGUGGCAUGCUGUGUUGUAAACAUCGUGAACUAAGAAGGGAAAACAGAGUUUGAGCAAUAUUUGUACCUUUAAUAUCUUUAAAAAAUAAUUGUGAUUUAUUUUUUUUUGAAUAUACAGUAUUGCAUAAGUAUAAGUUUUUAUUUUCUUCUUACCAUCUAUAUUUUGUUAAAAUUUUCCAGGCAGAAAUUAUGCUUUCACCUAUGCAGUGCAGCACAUAAAUUAACCACACUCAUCUCCUUAUAUUGUUAAAUUUAUUUCACAUUUGUCUUUUUUAACAGCAAAAUCUUAGUAUGGACUUUUCAUUCUACCAGGCUAGGAUACAGUUGUUUGAUUGGUCGAGUAAUGAUCAUAGUAAUAUUUUUCAAGAUUUCUUCUUUACUGUAAUAGAUAUUGAUUAUUCAGAAUGCAGACCCAUAUUUUCAUAAAUCUCUCUUCCCUGAAGGUAUGAAUUGAAGUUGUGUUUCUUUGAAAGGAAUAUGCACACUGAAUCUGAUCUUCCCAAACCAAUCAGUUCAUCCAUUAGUGUCAUGUAUAUUAUGUUGAAAAUUAACUGCUCAUUUGAGGAAUUUAGACAAUUUUAGGUCAUUUUCCUGUUCAAAAAAAAAAAUAUAUAUACUUUGUUGAAGGAACUUUAAUUAAAUUUUAUAAAAGGAGUCCUCAAUUUUCUACUAUACUUGGGGAGAUGGUACAUAGCAGCCUUUGUUUCAUGAAGAUAAUAAAAUGUCUUGGCAGUUUUUACUAUUUUUCUGUGGGUUAGAAUUCUCAUUUUUCACACCCAGGGUUUAAAUACCAACACACAUACAUAUUCAAUAAUAUGACAAUGAUACAUACUAAUCAUGAAGUUGUAUGUAUGUAUUUUUGUAUAUACAUGUAUUAUGUAUGUAAAUAUACUAGGAAGUGAUAGCUACUAACUAUCAUUCCAUUUAUUUUAGGGAUUCUCUAGUCCAAGAAAAGCACAUGUUGUUGUGGACCUUUCAAGAAUCCCUACUCAAUUCUGGUCAGGGUGCUCUUGUAAAAUGGAGUGACGUGUGAAGUACGUGUGCCAGUGACCAUGAAGAUUGAAUUAUUUGUUGUAUUUACUUGCGUGUGUGUGAACAUUGCAUUGAAUAUUAGCCCAGUUGUAUUGACUAGGAUGUGCGUGUGGUUACCAUAUUGUAAAGAGUGAUUAGAGAAAUUUUUAAGACGGAGGUUAUAUCCUCUGUUGUUAUAUAGCUAUUCCUUAGUACAUGAGUAAUGGGAAUUUUGUAUGCAAUGGCAUUAUUAUUCCUGUUUGUAUUAAUCACUGCUAACUUGAUGUAUUCUUACUAAUUAAUAGUUUUGAAUCUAAGAAAUGUACUAUAAUCAAUAGAUAUUGUAAUUGUACGGUAAUUCUUAUGAACAAUAAAAGAUUGACAGAAA